GAAGAGAGAGAGAGAGAAGCGGUAGUUGUAGUGAGAGUCAUAAGCAGAAGAUUGCGAUGAGCAUGGAUGAAUUGAGUGAUGGUGGUGGUGAGGCUGAGAAUCUUUCUGGGUUCAACAGAUAUGCCUGUGCUUGUGCCAUCGUUGCUUCCAUGAUCUCCAUCAUUUUUGGCUAUGAUACUGGUGUCAUGAGUGGGGCCAUGAUUUUCAUUAAAGAGGACCUCAAGAUAAACGACACGCAGGUUGAAUUCCUAGCCGGAAUCCUAAACAUUUGUGCCCUUGUGGGCGCCCUCAUCGCCGGAAGAACGUCUGACUACAUUGGCCGCCGUUACACCAUCGUUCUCGCCUCCGUCAUCUUCUUACUCGGUUCAGUCCUAAUGGGCUAUGGGCCAUCCUAUGCGAUCUUGAUGACGGGACGGUGCAUCACUGGCGUCGGGGUCGGCUUCGCCCUUAUGAUUGCGCCUGUCUACUCUGCAGAAAUCUCCUCCGCCACGCAUCGAGGAUUCUUAACCUGUUUGCUAGAUAUAGCCAUAAGCCUAGGGAUCUUGCUCGGCUAUGUAUCGAAUUACUUCUUCGCGAAAUUGACCCUAAAGCUGGGGUGGAGGAUGAUGCUAGGUGUUGCAGCGAUCCCUUCCCUCGCCCUGGCAUUCUGGAUCCUUAAGAUGCCCGAAUCGCCGAGGUGGUUGGUAUUGCAAGGCCGGCUGGCCGAGGCAAAAAGGGUCUUGCUCCUAGUUUGUAAUUCAGAGCAAGAAGUGGAAACCCGAUUCCAGGACAUAAUAGUAGCAGCCGGGAUGGACGAGAAUCGCAAUGAGGAUGUUGUCGAGCUCGCGAGGAAGACUCGCAGCGAAGGUGUGUGGAAAGAGCUCUUGCUAAGGCCCUCGCCCUCAGUGCGGUGGAUCUUGUUGGCCGCGGUCGGUAUUCAUUUCUUCGCGCAAGCGAUAGGGAUGGUAGCAGUCGUCAUCUACAGCCCACGAAUUUUCAAGAAAGCCGGAGUGACCAGCAAUAAUAGGCUUUUGCUUGCCACGGUUGGGGUUGGCCUCACAAACAUCACAUUCACAACGAUAGCCGCAUUUUUGCUUGACAAAGUUGGUAGGAGGAGAUUGCUCCUAGUUAGCAUAGGAGGGAUCAUCAUCACCCUAACUGGAUUGGGGUUUUGCUUGACAAUGGUGGAGCACGCGAAGGAACAACUCUUGUGGGCUCUCAUCUCGAGCAUCGUGGCCACGUAUGUGUACGUGGCCUUCUUGUCGGUCGGGAUUUCCCCAGUCAUGUGGGUCUAUAGCUCGGAGAUAUUCCCGUUGAAGCUGAGGGCUCAGGGGGUGAGCAUCUGCGUCGCGGUGAACCGGCUCAUGAACGCGGUCGUGUCGAUGAGCUUCCUCUCGAUAUCGAAAGCCAUAACCAUCGGCGGGAGCUUCUUCAUGUUUGCUUGCGUAUCCGUGUUGGCUCUGGGAUUCUUCUAUUUCUUCUUGCCUGAGACGAAGGGCAAGUCCUUGGAAGAGAUUGAGAUGCUCUUCACAAGGAAGAAUAGUAAGGCCAUGAACAAAGGCAUAGAUCCAACCAAUGUCUAGUGUAGACUGUACAACUUGGAUUAGUGUGGUAUAUUAUGCAGCGUAUAUAAUUUGAAAUGUGCA